AUGCAUUUCAAAACUUCUUUCUUACUCAUCAUUUCCUUAAUCUUCAAUCUCGGAAUUACCACAGCAGCCCCUGUUGUCGCUGCUGAACCAGCGUCAGCUCAAGUUCCGGUUGUUUUUGCUGUCGAAAAUGAAUUUGACGCGCAGUUACAAGCUGCAGAAGCACAUAAUUUGCAAGCGGCUGCUGUGAAUGAAGAGGAAAUUGCUGCAGCAAAUGAUGCAGAGCACGCUGUAGAAUAUCGUUCCCUGUUAAUUUAUAAUUAG